AUGCAAGGAGGAACGGCGACGAAGACUCAGUUGAAUCCGACAGGGAAGUUGCCAGAAGGAUUAGCCACAAAAAGAGGCCCGGAGACGGGCGAGCUGGCGAGGGUGCGUUUCUCCAACCUGCCCCUUCAAUCAAACAAUCGGCCACCAGCGAGCAACAGAGCAUCUUUCGAGGAGGAAAAAACCAACGGCACAGAUCUAGAUUCUGGGUGGAGACAACAAACCCAGCUGUCGUUUGUAUCGAAGUUUGGGGAGAAGAGCUCAAGGUUGAUAGUCGAGGAAGGGGAUUCAAGAGGCAGAAUCUGGAAAUGGGAGGGGUUGCAGGCCACGGACCGGAUCGACGAGCGAAGGAUGUUGAACGGCCUGGAGGCGACUAAUGGGGAUUGGAACGAAAGGGGUGCCGCCGUUGGUGGGAGUUGGGGGAAAGCAGCAUAUGGGGUGGUACCGAUGGAGGGAGAAGUUGGGGAUAUGUUGGGAGCUGGAUUCGGAGCAAGGUGA